AUCUUCGAGGUUACAUAACGACCGCGGCUCUCGAAAUAUCACUGAGCGAUACUGCGCCUCUAACCCGCUCACAACCGCCACCAUGCCUGAAGUCGUGGACCCCCGCAUGAUCUCGGUAACGCCUCGCAUACGGUACAACACUAUCGGCGGCGUGAACGGCCCACUCGUUAUCCUCGACAAUGUCAAAUUCCCGCGAUACAACGAAAUUGUGUCCUUGACUCUGCCUGAUGGCACCGAGAGAUCGGGUCAAGUUCUUGAAGCUCGAGGCAACCGAGCCGUCGUCCAGGUCUUCGAAGGCACUUCCGGUAUCGAUGUCAAGAAGACAAAAGUAGAGUUCACCGGCCACAGCCUGAAGCUUGGUGUGUCUGAGGACAUGUUGGGUCGUAUCUUUGAUGGUUCAGGAAAGCCCAUCGACAAGGGCCCCAAGGUGCUCGCUGAGGACUACCUUGACAUCAACGGAAGCCCUAUCAACCCGUACUCUCGCGUGUACCCUGAAGAAAUGAUCUCGACCGGUAUUUCCGCCAUUGACACUAUGAACUCGAUCGCCCGUGGUCAAAAGAUUCCCAUCUUCUCAUCGUCCGGUCUUCCCCACAACGAAAUCGCCGCGCAGAUUUGCAGACAGGCUGGUCUGGUCGGCAAGCCCACCAAGGGUGUACACGAUGACCACGAUGACAACUUCUCCAUUGUCUUCGGUGCCAUGGGUGUCAACCUGGAGACGAGUCGCUUCUUCACACGCGACUUCGAGGAGAAUGGCAGCAUGGAGCGUGUCACACUGUUCCUGAACUUGGCAAACGAUCCCACUAUCGAACGUAUCAUCACUCCUCGUCUCGCCCUUACCACUGCCGAAUACUAUGCCUACCAGCUCGAGAAGCACGUCUUGGUCAUCCUUACCGAUUUGUCUUCCUACUGCGAUGCGCUUCGUGAGGUUUCUGCUGCCCGAGAGGAAGUUCCCGGUCGACGUGGUUACCCCGGUUACAUGUACACGGAUUUGUCAACCAUCUACGAGCGCGCUGGACGUGUAGAGGGUCGUAACGGAUCCAUUACCCAGAUUCCCAUCUUGACUAUGCCUAACGACGAUAUCACACAUCCCAUUCCCGAUCUGACAGGUUAUAUUACCGAAGGCCAGAUCUUUGUUGAUCGACAACUGGACAACAAGGGUAUCUACCCUCCAAUCAACGUCUUGCCAUCUCUUUCGCGUCUCAUGAAGUCUGCCAUUGGUGAGGGUCGCACACGAAAGGACCACGGCGAUGUCUCCAACCAGCUAUAUGCCAAGUAUGCUAUCGGUCGUGAUGCUGCAGCCAUGAAGGCAGUUGUCGGAGAAGAGGCUCUUUCUUCGGAAGACAAGCUAUCUCUGGAGUUCCUUGAGAAGUUUGAACGCUCCUUCAUCGCGCAGGGAGCGUAUGAGUCCCGCUCUAUUCACGAGUCCCUUGACCUAGCAUGGUCGUUGCUUCGUAUCUACCCCAAGGAACUCCUCAACCGUAUCCCAGCCAAGGUGCUUGAUCAGUACUACCAGAGGAGUCGGGGUACUGACAAUGGUGAGGCGAAGAAGGGCAGCAAGGAUACCAAGGAUAACUCGGGUGAGGAGCAACAGGGCGAGAACCUGAUUGAUGUAUAGACGAAGAUGUAGCAUGUGUGGCAGGGCGUGUGAUAGCUGCUGCUACCGGUACCCGAGCCCCUUGAGUAGUUGAGAAAUACAGUAUUGAGUGUAUAUGAA